UGGGAGUCUUAUUUCCAUCCCAGGGUACCUGGGAUCCCAGGUAAUCAUGGAGAAACCUCAACAUGCUAAUUGAUCUCCAAAUUGUUUUCCAAAGCAUAUAGACAGUGAAUAAAGAACCUCUGCUUUGCAAUUGUAUGUUAACCAGGUACCUACAUUGUCAGUUCUUGUUUACAGUCAGAAGAGGGCCAAUCAGAAGUAGGCUGCCUGGAAGUGGACUGCAUUGCGGUUGGUUAACCUGAGGAGCACAUCAUCAUCGUCAUCAUCAAUGGAUGGUGAUUGGCUGAUCGGAAGAAGCAGACAUUGGCGAUUAGCUGGACCUAGCUCCACCCUUCUCAGAAGCAGCAGCAGCCACCCUGUGGGGAAGCCCUCCCUGCAUUCUGGGAUGGAUCCUUUCAACUUCUCCGCCAUCUCCUCCACGCAGGAGGACCCGGUCUGCGUCUUGUGGGGAUGCGAGCUGACUGGAGGAGCGAGGAAGUUUGUGUUCGAGGUUCAGAAUGACCUGUUGGAACACCAGCUCUUCAUUAAAACGAUCUGCCUGGGUGCCGAGGCGAAGGAUGAGCUGCAUGUGGUAGAGGUCGAGGCCAAAAUCACCCACAACGACCGGCCCGUCCCCAUCGCCUCGCUGCGGCCCUCCGUGCUCCCCAUGGUCAGUUUCUAUGGUCUGGAACUCGUGCCUCCUGUAACCUUUAACCUCCGGUCUGGGGAGGGUCCUGUCUACAUCUCUGGACAGCACUUGGUUUUGGACCUGGAUGUGGGAGAGGAAGCUGAGGAGGAAGAGCGUCCAGUCAACUCCAGUCUGUGUUGAGAGGUCGUGCAAGACUCCUGCUGCACUGGCAGAUUCAUAAUAUAUAUUAUAUAAAUAUUAUACACACACCACACCAUGUAUUUAAAAAAAUAAAAAUAAAAUAAAAAAAAUUCCAAUAAAGCGUAUUAUUGUGUGAAAAAGCACGCCUUUGUCUCUCUACGGAUUUCAAAAGCGGGAGAAACACUUAAUUUGUGCAUCAUUCAAUAACAAAUAACUGUAAAUAAAUAACUAUAUUCACAGUGGAAAAUACAAAACCCAAAAUGACGUAUUUCACUAAUUCGCCUGCACACACUGGUGUUUUAAUCACUUCAUUGGAGCCGGGGGUGCACCUGUGUAGAAUUGCCAUGACGACCGCAGCACGCCAGGAGGGACUGUUGCUGGGCAACCACCUGUAAACAACCCCAGCUGCGCCGGACCGCAGAGAGAGAAUGGACUGGGGCAUCCGGAACCGAGGCGAAAUGCAAAGACAGGAGCGGGUCUGUUAGUUUUAGCAGCAGCUGCUUUGUAUUUAUUAUUUUUCGCAUGAAGGAAUGUCGGCUCUUUUGUCAUUCGCGGAUACCCCCACAGCCCAGCCCGGCGAGGAGGAACGGUUAUCUCGGGCUUUCUUAAGACAGGCGCGCCGAGAAGGCGUUGCUUUGGGCCACAGGUAAGUGCCGAGGGAAGACUUGCAGUGUUAGGGUUGCCGCAAUUUACGUUUAGGAUUUUGCUUAGGUUACCUCAAAGUAGGUUUGUUUAUUAAUUAUUCAUUUAGCCUUAUGAUGUACACAACAGUCUGGUCCGCAUUGAGACCACCUUGCAUGCAAUUUCAAACCAGACCUCAUUUUCUGGAACGCAGCAAGACGGCUACAGAAACUCUUCUACUGUUUUUCUGCCUCUGCCAAAUCUUUGCAAUUUUGUUUUUCGCCUGUCCUCCUCUUCAGGGUACCUGAAUGAGGAGGGGCACGGCUCUCUGCUCCCAAUGACCAGGAAGGUCGUGCUACAGAUCUGCAGUGACCCCACUCUGACCCUGGAUUACCUCCCUACCGUCGGGCUCCCAGAAUUCAUCAGGAGCGCCACGGAGCUGGCGCUGGGCCGAGACAGUCUAGCCAUACGGGAAAACAGGGUAGCGGCCCUGGGAGCAACUCUGCUUCUAUUUUGUUUAAAGCCAGGGUUUGUAGCAGUGUUCCUCAAGCUGUGCCUUGCGGCUGGUGUGUGCCCGCGAAAGCAAAGUAUGUGACUGAAUAUCGUGAAUACAGUGCUGAUCUAUUGGGAGGGGGAGACUAAAGUCAUUAUGUCAGUGCUCAGAGUCUCUGCUCAAUGCAUUUGAGAAGUUGUGUUUGCAGCUUUUUUAUUUCACAUUUUGCAAUAGGCAGUUGGUUAAUGUCAAGAGAGAGAUCUGAUCAUGCCGUGGAACAGGGGGCUCCAGCCCUGGUCCUGGAGAGUGGCUGUGGCUGCUGCUUUUCGUUUCAACCAAUCUGUUACUUAAUUGAACCAGUUUAUUGGCUUAAUCAAGAUUAACAGAUGUUCCAGAUCUUUAGCUACUGAUGUAAAGACACUUGUAAAACCUGCUGGAUAGAGGCUCCCCAGGACCAGGGUUGGAAACCCCUGCUCUGGAACUUAUAAGAAAUGCGCUAAUGUACCAAUUGGCAACUUUUGAGGAUCACUGUUUAUUUUUCCUAAUUUGCAUCCUUUUUUUCUUUAAAUGAGAGCGCCAGCUUUAAGCAGCAUCAUCAUCUUUUAGUAUUUGUCACAUCGCCUAACCCAACAUGCUGAAGACUGGAGUUGUUGAAAGAUGGUGCUGAUUGGCUGAUAUCUGGUCUUGUAGGCGGGAGGAGUGCAGAUAUUGGGCGGGACCGGUGCAAUACGUCUAGGGGCGGAGCUGCUGCAGUGCUGGUACAAUGUGGGCGGGGCCAGGUGUGGACUGGUCUACCUCUCGUCUCCCAGCGGGGGCAAGUGAAGUUGGUAAUUGCUUUGACCUGUUUUACUUUUAGUUCAGAAGUGCACAUGCAAGAUUUUUUUGCAGUUGUGUGCGCGUGGCUGCUUUUUUUUUUUUUUCUGCCCAAGUUCCGAUGGCGUGACCACCGCCCCUCCUGUCAGGAUCUGUGGCCGCUACUCUGCAGGGGACUGGGAUCAGAGAUAUCCGCUCCUAUCGAUACUGGGACCCUUACGAGAAGGACUUUGCUGUGGCGCCCCUACUCCACAGCACAGUAGACCCAGUAGACCCCGCCCCCUCAAUGUUCAUGCAUGUGUGCAUCUCAUUGCAUGUGUCUCUGUGUGUGUGCAUGACUCUAGUGGAGUGCGCCUCGGUCAGUGUGUCUGGCUCUUUCUGUCCCUGCAGGACGCUCUGGAGCAGUCUGUCAUCAUGCUCUAUGCCUCGGCUCACUGUCCCACAGGGGCUGAACCCUCCCACUCUGACUGGAAGCAGAUUGCAGAGGUCAUGAUGGUGAGAGAGUCGCAGAGACAGAGUUGUUCUGCACAAACUCUCCUCUGUUCUCUCAAAAGCGUAGCCCUUGCCAGAGCUCUAGUUUUGUAUAUACUGAGACGAUUGACAUGAUCUUUUACAGGGAGCAAUUAGUGCAGACAGUGCCUGGAGUUUCUCUGGAAAAGUUGAAGUCAGUAAAGCUUUUCUUUGAUACCUGCGAGGAGGACAAGGUCAGACUUCACAUGUAUAACUGAUCUUGUCAACUUGUGUUUUUUUUUUUUUAUUUUUUCUCACAUAAAUAUAUACAUUUUGGACGUCGUACAAUAAUCAUGUCAGCUCAUGAAAUAUACAAAGAGGAAAGUGUACUGCAUGAACUGACAUUCUCUCUCUACACAGAGGCGUCGGCUCUUUCCUUUCCUCCUGCUCCCCUCUCGGGGUCUGUGUUGGGGAGACCCUGCACAGGAUGCCUGGUCUCUCCGCUACUUUGUCUCACUCGGGUUCAAGCUGCUCUGCGCGUAGUCGUUCUCCACAAACUUUGGGCUCUACAGUGAGUGAGCUCCAGUGUGCGUCUUCCAUCCCGCUGUGAAGCUCUGUGGCAGGACAUGUGCAAGUGCUGAAAGAAGCUAGAGACAUUCCUGAAGCCGAUGAAGACGUCUUGUCGUAGUUAGUUUGUAGUUUGGAGCAGAGUGCAACUGUGUAAUGUUUAUACAGAACAACUGCAAGGGACCAAUACAAACAUAAUAUACGAGAUGUUGUAUAGGGAUGGAAAUAAGACUCCCAUUGCAUAGCAGUUUGAUCCAUUCCAGGUCUGGCUUUGAUCUUAAGACCCACCAGUGCUUGUUACCUGUGUACACCAUUGCUAACCAUGUGCAUAGUAAAAGCUGGAAUGGCUCAAAAUGAUAUGCAGUAGGAGUCUUAUUUCCAUGCCUGUUUUAAAUGUACUGAUGGUGUGUGUAGAUAGAUAUAGUUAAUGGGGGUACAAAGCUUAGUAGAAAUGUCAAACGUUCAUAGCCUGAUUCAUCCCGCCCCACCUCUCCAGGUGAUCGUGUGGGAUGCCUUCUAUUGGUCCUGAAGCACAGCUCUCUUCUCCUGGCUGUCC